AUGAACGAUGAUAAAGGCAAAUGUUUGUUAUUCAAGCAAUUUCUUGAAGGGCUUGAUACUAUAAGAUUGUGCGAAAUCGCUAGAUCCGUAUACGCUGGACAACAACCAGCGUACACCAGAGAUGGUAGGUACAUAAGUUAUUAUUUUAACGUUUAAAUUUCUAAAAAAAUAUAUUUCAAAUGGUUGUUAGAAAAUAUUUACUUACUAAUAAAUAUAGAUGAGUUUUAAAACAGUCCAGUUUCAACUCAACUUGUAUUCUAAGUUUAUUAUUAUAUUAUAUUCACUAUUGUCUUUUUACCUUUUAGGUACCUAAUAUAAAAUAAUUAUAUAAAAUUUACAUUUAUUACAUACUAGCUGUCCCGCGCUACCAAAUGAAACACAUUCCAAUGAUGUUUUAACCAUUUCCUACAGUUACUUUUUAAUUUUAUUUCAACCAAUACAAAGUAACCAAUAAACCAACAAAAACAAUUAGAUUUUCAUACCAAAAAUGGCAAUAACCUUGUGUAAGACUCUUUUAGGAAGGAUUUGUGGGGGGGAAAUGAGUUUAUAAGUUACUCUUAGUCUAGAACUACAUUUUACAAAUUUUCAACUCAAUCCUUUCGGUAGUUAUGGUAUAAAAUGAUAAUAAACAUCCAUCUUAUCAAACUUUCACUUUUAUGAUUGCUGCAGGCUAUCCUUAUGGAACAUAUACCACCAUCAAGGACUUUUCUAUUGACCUUUUUAAGAUAUACAAUUCUGUAGUAUGUUAUUUUGAUGUGUCACAAGUAGAGUCUGGAUUUCAAUACAAAAUGCUUUUUUUUUUAGUGAUAUUAGACAAUACUUUCUAAGUACAUAAUCUGAUUCAUGUAUCAGAGACUUCUAGGUGAAACUCCAUUUUCAAAUUUUCCAUUUUUUUUUUUUAAAGAGUAUUUUCUAGCAUUUUUCGUUUUAUUACAUAAUUGUAUAAUACAUUUAUACAUAAUAUGACCAUUGACAAAAAUGUGAGUUGCGUUAGACAUUUGACUUAGUGAUAUACCUGAUGAUGAAUUUUUAAUUCUAAACUGGUGGUAUGAUACACAUAUAAUACUCCAUUCAUUCAUUUAUUUGUAUUUUUAUUUACGAAUAUUAAUCAUUUUAAUAAUUUUGUUUUUACUUUAUUUUAUUAAAUUUAAUAAAACCUCGUUAUUAACCUAUUAUAUCAUUAUACCAAUCCCAACCUAUCAUAAUAUUAUAAUUAUUACAUACUAUUUAUAUUAAAUAAGUGUAUUUUUUAUUAAUGUAAGCCAUUUAUUUUUGUAUGGAAGUCACUUAAUUGUAAAUUUUAGUCAUUUCUCUCACUGAUUUUCAAACCAUAGACUACAUUUAUUCCUGUGAUUUAAUUAUAAAACAUUGACUUUUCUUUACUUACUAUAAAUAUAAUAAUAUAUAACCUUUCUGGAAGACAUUCUCUAAAUGAUAAUGAAAACCAUAUUGGAAGAAUUUAGUGCACAAACUGACAAAAUGUGGAUACUAACUUUGUAAUAAAUAUAAAAUUAUAUUAUGGUCUAUAAAUCUAGCUUUCUAUAAUUUGUGUUCUCUUUUAUUAAACUGGGUAAAAUAAUUUAUGUUUUUUAAAUAAUAUUUCAGAUAGAUAGGUUACUAAUAUUAUUUUUUAAUUGUUAUGUAUUAAUUUUUAGCUGCUGAACAAUUACUGUUUGCUGCACCAUACAUGCUGGUGUUGUCCAAUAAAAAACUACCAGCACUUGAAAUACUGAAAUUUUUGGUUUUGAAUGGAAUUCAAGUUCAUCCCAAUAUGUCAAAAAUGGAAUUGUGUUCAAAUUUAAUGGCAUUAUUUGCAAAAGAGUCGGGUUCUGAGAAACUGCAAAAAACCAAUUUGGCACAAACAAAUAUUGAUAGCAAAAAUAUGCUAUGUCCACACAGUAACAGUAUUACUGAAUGCCAUUCUUCAGUUGAUCUUUUGCCUCAACAAGUAUCUAUGCAUUACAAUCUAUUUUUUUUUUAUAACAAUGUAUUUUUAAAUUGUAGAAGAAUAGAAGGUUAUAUUGGUUUUUAUUAAUUUACCAUUUGCUUUUUAGUCUUAAAGUCUUAAUUAUCUUAAAAUCGUUUAAGUCUGUUCUCUGAAACCGGACCAUAAACUACAGUUUGUCAAUGAAUAGUGUUUGAGCUAAAAUGGACCAUAUUGUUCAUAUACUGGACAACCACACACACUAGAUUUUGCAUAAGUGUUCUGUGUUUGACACAAUAAUAUAAACAAUUUUAUUCAUACACUGAAAUUGUUUAAUUAUGUCUUUAGCAUUGUUAUAUUAGUAUAUUAUUAUACCUAUUUCAAAUAUACAUAUGUGUCAUAUAUGUCAUAUGUCUUUGGCAUUGUUAUAUUAGUAUAUUAUUAUACCUAUUUCAAACACUGAAUAUGAAGCAAAAAUCAACCUGUUCUGUUUUCAUUCUGUUUUUGUGUACUGUGCCUGUUUUAAUCCCACACUAUCUGUAAUGUUAAUUUAUUUUUUUUUCUGUGGAAAAUAUUUUUAUUAGAAUUCUUGCUCAAAUUUUUAAGUGUAGCACCUUAUCUGAAAUGAAAUCUGUGUAGAGAUACUUUAAGGUCAUAUUUCGAUUUUCUUGGGAGUUUUCUCAUCAAAUCUGAAAAAUAAAAAAAUUGGAUCAUAGUAACCAAACAUUCUAAAUAAUAGGUAUAAAUUAUAGUUUUAAUUCAAUUUGUUUAAAUUAUAUUGAAUUACGUAAUUAAUAAUUUUACAAAUAAUACGAAUAAAACCUUACCUUGACUAAUUGACUAAAUGACUUUUGGUCAAGAGAAAGCAUCAGAAAUGAAUAUUUGUUUUUUAUGUAAGCUUUACUCCAUAUUAGACUGUUCAAACUCAUGUUUGUGUUUACACUUUAGCUCUUUUUGGUUAUUUUUAUUUAAAAAUUCUUUAAGCUCUUUAAAUUUUGUAAAGUUUCUCCUAAGUUCAAUAAUAAGUAAUAAAAUAUAAAAUUAAAAAAAUUUUAAUAACUGAUGAUUAUAUCAGUAAAAAAUUGUAUAUAUUACCAAUAUAUCAAUUUAAAAAAAAAAAAAAAACAAUUUGGGUUAUUUAUGCCUAAAAAUGGCCCAAAAAAAUGAUAAAAGUGUCAUGUGUGUGUGAGACAAAUUAGGAAAAAGUUAUAAACUAAAUAUUUUGAAACACUAAACUAGAUUACAGAUUUACUAGAAUUUGUACUUAUUUUUAUUUUAAUUUUAAUAAUUUAUGAUAAAAAUUAUGAAUUCUGAUACUUAAAAAAGAGUAAAAUUGCUGAAAAUUAAACCAAUUAUAAUUUAUCUUUAUGUUACGGCACUAAAAUUAUACAAGUACAUCACAUCAAAGUUAAAAAGAAAAUUUGAAAUGGUUUAAUAUGGUUUAUUAAACCAAAGCAUAAUUUUAAAAAUAGUAAUGCAACUACUUUUAGUUAUAUAAUAUAAUAUUUUAAUUUUUAGGAUAUUAAAUAUAAUUUUUAAAAAAUGUGUGGUGUAUGAAUUUUAAUUUUUUUUUAGAUUCAAAAACAAUCUGAACCAAUAAAAUUACCGAAGUAUGAAAUUAAUAAUGAACAAGAACUUCUCCAAAAAUUUAUUUAUGCCUUUUCUGAAGAGUUUUAUGUUUUAUUUAAUAAUCUUGGUACAUCAGAAACAAAACAAUUAAAAGGCGAACAUUUCUUUAAUUACUGCAUGUUCCACAUAAAAAUUAUUGAUGUUGAUGCAGAGAAAAAUGAAUUUUUCAAUGAUUCAAUGGCUAUAUUGCAACGUUUGUUAAACAUUAAACUACACUAUCAAUUGUAUUUAUCUCCAUAUGUCAAUGGAGUUAAAUGGGAAAAAGAUAUACAUGGUUUAAUAAAAAUUUGUUUGGGUGGCAGACUCUACCAAUAUGAAGAAUGUAUUGGUACUUUUGAACAGCUGUUUUCACUUGGAGAAGAUUUACAGCAAGGAAACAUAUAUAGAAUUUUAAAUUCAUCUUUAAUUUUAAAAUCUAUGAAUAGAUUAUUGGGAAAUGGGUUUCUUAAAAUUGAAUAA